AUGCACCAAACCGGUUUGGUGCAGGUCAGCAUCCGACUACAGAGGAGGCCAAACAAGCAGCGGGUCGUGAAAGGCGCCGACAGCAUUAUGCCAAAACUUCGCAUCACCAAGCCAUCGCAAGAGAUUCAGGAGAUCCAAAAAGCCCUUGCCGAAGCCUUGGGUUAUUCAGAUGAAGAGGAUACUGAGAUCAUGGUGACAGACGAUGACAAGAACGUCAACUUAUCGGAUCUCCCGGGGUGCCUGCUCGCUCUCAAAAGCAUCAAGGAUGAGAUGCUGGCAUUAAUCCAAGAACCCUGCACUUUCACAGAGGGCGUCCUCCUUCAGUACAUCAAAACCCUACCAGAUGAUGCGCAUGGCAAGGGCAACACCUCGAUUGUCAAAACUGCAAAAGCUCAGGUUGAAGCCCUACUCCGCUGCACAAUUCCUGUGGUGGAUUCGAUCAAGGAUUUCUGUGAUGUGUCAGAUCAGUCUUGUGCCGCUGAUUCGGUCUCCUGA